AACUACCAUUAGCCGUGCUGUGUGCCUGUUAGCCUGUUAGCUUGUUAGCUUCUCAGCUUCUCCUUGUAGCUGUUACUUACAACAUCAAACGUUUAUUUACUGACUUUUUUUUUAUCGCUUGCAUUUCCAAACGCUGCAGACAGUAAACGUAUACAUUGCAAGUUAUUAAGAGUACGAAAAAUUAUUUUAAAAGUACCUGAGUGCUAACUUUAGCUAACGAAAAGUGCUAGCUUAGCUAACAUUAAAGCGUUUCUCGGAUGUUUACUUGCUAAUUAUUAACGUAAUGGCAGACAGUUGGAACACAGAUACAGGAGAAGCCGUGUAUCGUUCCCGGGAUGCUGUUAAAAACUUGAAAAUAAGGGUGCGCAUAGAGAGGGUGACCUCCACAGCAGCCUUCUCUCAGCACCUCCAGCAGCAAGUUCUGUCCCAGCAAGACAGAGGAGCCAUUGAACUGGAAACCCUCACUUCACAAGGACACACAGGUGAUAAUGAGGAGGAGCUGAUGGUGGGCUGGCAGGAGAAACUCUUCAGUCAGUAUGAGAUGGAGCUGUUCCAGAACGAGGCAGCAUGUCAGACCCCUCUGGACCGUCAGUACCACACAGAAGUCACGGCCCUGAACAAAACCAAGGGCCGACGUAAUCACAGGAUUUUCACAUACACUGAUCAUGACCGCUACACCAGCUGUCUUCCAUUGCACCAACUGCAGUCCACUGACUUAUUGACCACAACCAAAUCCGGUCCCACAUUCCUUGCUGAAAGGAUGGCCAGCGUGAGAAACAGACGACAAGACAGACGCACCUUAGAUUCUAGUAUCCCUAAGUCAAAGAUCGUCAUCUGGGAGCCCACAGAGGAGUUUGUGAAGAGCAGUCAUGUGGUAAAUAAUGCCAUGCAGACCAUGCACAUCAUGGGUGACCUGGCCCCCCCUGCAAGGCUGGGCCAGAAAGACAAUGAAUAUUUGCUGUUAACCAUAAAAACAGAUGGCAGUGGAACUGUCAUUGUAAAACCUGACUUCAACAAAGGCAAAGAGCCUUACAGGAUUGUAACAGCAGGGGAGAAGAGAGAAGUUUGGCGUCUCACUGUUGAGAAUGUAUGCACAGCCAUGCAACCAGAGGAGAAGGAGAGAGAGCAGAACAUGUACAAAGACCUGUAUGUACGGCACAAGGAAUACCUCAACAGCCUUGUUGGACAGGACUUUGAAAUGCCUCCUAUAGGUAUUCUACGUUACCUGAUGAAUGGAGAGAUAGUCUCAGCCAAAGGCUUUGAGUAUGAUAACUUAUACAUCCACUUCUUCAUGGAAGUGCCCAACAAUUGGUCCAGUUUGCCAUUUCAGUCAAUCUCAGGGGUUACGCAGACCUGCAGGGCCAGAACAUUAGGGAAGGAAAAUGUAGCUUUCUUCAGUUACCCCUUCAGCUUUGAGGCUUUCUACAUGAGUGAAAAAGAGAGUGAGGAGGCGAUUCCCCAGUGGCCAGUGAUAUACUUCAAAGUUCUUUCUCUGGACUCCUGGCAGCGCUAUCGAACUGAAGGCUACGGCUAUCUGCUCUUUCCUGCCAUGCCUGGUAAACAUACAAUAACCUGCCAUACGUGGAGACCCCUUCAGACGGGGACAGUCUCCGCGCUGAGGCGCUUCUUUAUUGGAGGUUCGCCGGAACUUGAAGACCACAGCUAUGUCAGAAUACCUGGGACCUUUAAGGGAGAGAGGCUGAGUCGAUUUGGGUUUUGCACGGAAACAACAGGAAGUGUCACUUUUAAUCUGCACUGCAUCCAGCAAGCCAGAGCCUUUGUUGAUGCCACCAUGUUGAAGAAGAGGAGGCAGAAGGUUUUUGAACAGCUUGGAGGAUUUAGUCAGCAAGGAGCAGUUUGCACCAUCCUGGAGGCCUUCCAGAGGGCCAGGAAGAAGAUGCAAGAGGCCCGAGAAAGUCUUCCCAGAGACCUCGUAAACACCACUUCCCAACUUCAGGUCGAAUCCUCUGCAUAGAUGGGAAACAAACAUCAAAUACGUAACGUAUUUACGUAUGUAAAGUAGUAGCAACAUUACCAGCAAGUAUGACAUGCCAUAUAUGUAUUCUUUGUAAAGACAGCUAACAUGUUGGGAGGGGAAAUGGGUUCAUAAAUAUGGAUUUAUAUGGUAAUGAAUAAAGAGCAAAGCCCAUAUGUCUACUGAGUAUGAUAUCACCCUGCAUUGUAUUCUUUAUUCAUUCACUAAUUUGUGACAACUGAUGUAACAGAACAUUUUUAGAUUUGGAUUGUAUAUUUUUUAUAGGUUAUUUCAAACAGAAUCCUAUUUGCUGUCAAAUAAACUUUUUUUGUAUGAAC